UCGGGUGUUCCCCAGGGUUCACAUCUUGGCCCCUUAUUGUUUUUGAUUUUUAUCAACGACAUCAAAGAAUGCUUCAAGCAUUGUAUCAUCCUCUUAUACGCCGAUGACCUGAAAAUUUUCAGAAGAAUAACAUCUCUCCAGGAUUGCUACAAUAUACAGGAAGAUCUCCAAAGAUUUUUGGUCUACUGUUACAAAAAUAAACUUAAGCUCAACUAUGAUAAGUGUGCAUGUAUUACUUUUACAAGGAAGAAUAAUUGGAUCAACUUUCGAUACCAUCUGGAACAGAAUAGCGUUGUCAGGGUGGACCAAGUUAGAGACCUUGGCAUACUAUUUGACUCAAAACUGACUUUUCAUGCUCAUUUCGAUCUUGUCAUGUCUACUUCUAAUAAGGCAUUAGGUUUUUUAUGUAGAAUAUGCAAGGACUUUCAGGACGAAGCGGCGGUGAAAUCUCUGUAUUAUUCCUUUGUAUUCAGUAAACUUAGUUAUGGUAGUGUAGUGUGGUCUCCAUAUUAUAAUGUGCACAAGCUACGGUUUGAAAGACUGCAAAAUAAAUUGAUCGUGAUGAAUUGCUACGACUCGCCGGAGUUAUUAUCACUCGUGCAUUUUCAUGUACCGCAGAGGCAAACGAGAAAUAGACAGCUUUUUCAUAACAGAAGUUUCAGGACAAACGUGGGUAGGAAUUCCCCUGUGACCAGGAUGUGUGACCACUUUAAUAAAUAUGUCAUUGAUUUAAAUAUUUUCAUUAUGUCCUUGCUCUCCUUCAAGAAGAAAUGUAAGGAAAUUUUCUGUUUAUAAGACAGUGCAUACUAGUUAUUUAGGUUUUUCUUUUUUGUGGAAUGUACAUUGUUGGUUUCCCGGAUAACCGUGGGUACUUUUGUAGACACUUAUAAGUUUUUUGUAUUCUAUCUAUUUGUGGAUGCUAUUUUGGGUGUAACCUGUUUGUAUCCCUUUUUCU